GCACUAAGUGGACUUUGCCUGCUGAGCAAAGACACAGUUUAUUUGAGGUUCUGCAGACUGUCGGUGCUGUUUCAGUCCCAGAGGAAAGAUGACCCACCCCAGGGAAUCUUUGCAUGGCUGUUUAGUUUAUGUAGCAGUGUUGUGUGGACUCCGUGUCGCUGCAGGAGGCCCUGUGGAUCUGACACUCGGACAUCGGACUACAGCUGGACAGCAGGGGAGUGCUGUUCUUUUUUUUGCGGCAUAUCAGGGACAGCUGAGAGAAGUCCUGUUUGACCCGAUCAUUUUCAACCAGGUGAUGGUGAACCAAGGAUCUGCUUAUGACAAUCACACAGGUGUAUUCACCGCACCGUUCGCUGGUGUCUACCAGUUCGUAUUUGCUGCACAGCUCUGCCGUGGGGACCACAACAACAACUGGUACUUCAUGACUAACGGGCACCAGAGAAUGUUAUGUCAUGCUCAGAUGUCUGGAGGGGACACAAGCCUGAACACCUGUUUCUACAUGGAGGAACUAAAGAAAGGGGACCAGGUGUGGGUGAAGCAAAAAGUGGGAGGCUGUGCCUGGGCGAACUCCAACUCAAAAACAAUCACAUUCUCUGGCGUCCUGCUGGCUAAGGAGGGCAUAUCCAUGCUGGGGGGGGGGUUAGACCCCCGACGCUCCUGCCCUCCAUUCAGCCGGAGCAGCUCAGUGGUCAGGUCGUCUGGUCGGACCGUCGUGCCAAUGUGGACGGGUGUGUCCAUCAUCCUACCACUCUGCUUCUUCUUUUUAUAAUUUUGGUUAAAACAUGACUUGUAUUUCAUUUGGGCUAAUAUGAUUCUCUUACAAAGUUGAUAACCCUCUACCUUGUUUGCUGGUGUCCGAUUUUGUGUCUGCCAUUGAUUUGCCGCGGGGACGAAUGGUGGAAAUUAGCUUAUAGCUAUAACCAUGCAUAUUUACACUUGUGUUCAUCAAUAUGUACAGUCCCUGUUAACAAAUAAAUAAAUUG